AUGCAGCUGCUCAGGCAGUUCCUCCUCCUGCCUCUCUUCACUGCUCUGGCUCUCUCUGAAGGCAACUCAGUAGAAUUCACAGGGGUGCCUCACUGUGGGGCUUCACUUCACGAGCCCAACAAAGCAUUAAGGAUUGAACUAAAUGCAAAUGCAAGCUGCACCUGGCAAAUCCAGAGGAAUGCAAAUCAAACAAUUAGGCUCAUUUUCUCCUAUUUUAAAUUUGCUCCUUCUUCAAGCUGUGAAACAGAAAGCAUUAAAGUGUUUGAUGGUCCCUCCACUGCUUCAGCUCUCCUUGGACAAGUGUGUGAUGACACAGAUGCAGUCCCAGUGCUUGAAUCAUCCUCAGACAGUUUAACUUUUCUCAUAACAACCAACUCUGUGGCUUUCGCACGAAACUUCUUCGUCUACUACUACUUCUUUUCACCAGGAUCAAAAACCGAAAACUGUGGGGGACAAUUAACUGGUCCCAAUGGGACAUUCAGCAGCCCCAACUACCCAGCACCUUACCCUCAGUUCAGAUACUGUGUCUGGCACAUACAAGCACCAAAAAACUCAAAGAUAAACUUGGAGUUUCAAGAUUUUUUCCUGGAAUUGGACAGAAACUGCCAGCUUGACUUCACAGCAGUCUAUGAUGGCCCCACCACUGACUCUGGGCUCCUGGGGAAAGUGUGUGGGCGUGCCCAGCCCACAUUUGAGUCUGCCUCCAACACGAUGACAGUUGUGCUGUCCACAGAUGACACCAACUCCUACAGAGGAUUUUCAGCUCAGUAUUCCACUGCUCCCCUGCCAGGCCCCACGGAGCCCAACACAACCCUUACAUGCUCCUCAGACAGCAUGACAAUUGUUCUGAGCAAGUCUUACCUGGCCUCCCUUGGCUUUAGGGAAGCUCACCUGCAGCUGAAUGAUCCAUCUUGCAGACCAGUUGUAACAGAUUCAGUGAUUUUCUCCUUCCCAUUGGCCAGCUGUGGAACAAUUAAAAAGGAUGAAGGGCACAGCAUCACUUACACCAACACCAUCUCCCUGGCUGCAGCUGGCAGCGCCAUCACCCGCCGCAGGAGCACCGAGAUCACUGCCCAGUGCACCAUGAGCAACAACGAGACCGUGCAGCUCAUCUACACCACGACAAACAACGCCAUCCAAAACCUGGCUGCUCAGGGCAGGUACAACGUCAGCAUGGCCUUCUACGAGUCGGAUUUGUUCUCCAAGCCUGUCCAAUACUCCCCAUACUACGUAGACUUGAACCAAACUCUCUUUGCUGAAGUGACUCUUCAUUCCACGGACCCAAACCUCCAGGUGUUCAUUGAUACCUGCACUGCAUCUCCCCAGCCUGGUUUAGGAUCACUGACAUACGACUUAAUCAGGAGUGGCUGCAAUAAAGAUGACACUGUGGUAACCUACCCAGCGUUUGAAAACCAUGGAAGAUUCAAAUUUAGGGCCUUCAGGUUCCUGAGGAGCUUCCCAUCAGUUUAUCUGCAGUGUGACGUUGUGAUCUGUGACAGCAACACCACCAACUCUCGCUGUGCCAGAGGCUGCAUCUCCAGGCAGAAAAGAGCCACCUCUCCCUACACAUGGAAAACUAACACUGUGGUGGGUCCCAUCCGCCUGAAAAGAGAUCCCAGGGCUGCUGAGCACCCAGAUAAUAAACACAGCUGA